AUGACUAAUAGUAAUAAUGUGGUACCGGUUAGUGCCUCCCUCUAUGUUGGUGAUUUGGAUGCAGAUGUGACUGAAACGAUGUUAUAUGAGAUAUUUAAUAGUGUUGCAGUCGUAUCAUCAGUGCGUAUUUGCAGAGAUGCUCUUACAAGACGAAGUUUGGGUUAUGCUUAUGUCAAUUACAACAGUGUAGCGGAUGCAGAAAGAGCUCUUGAUACUCUUAAUUUCACAUGUAUCCGUGGUCGUCCAUGCAGAAUUAUGUGGUGCUUACGUGACCCAGCAUCCAGGAGAAACAAUGAUGGAAAUGUUUUUGUUAAGAAUUUGGAUAAAUCGAUUGAUAAUAAGACUCUUUUUGACACUUUCAGUCUAUUUGGAAACAUUAUGUCAUGCAAGAUUGCUACUGAUGUUGAGGGCAAAUCUUUAGGAUAUGGUUUUAUUCACUUUGAGCACGCAGAUAGUGCAAAGGAGGCCAUUUCUAGGUUAAACGGAGCUGUUUUGGGAGAUCGUCCAAUUUAUGUAGGAAAAUUCCAGAAAAAGGCUGAACGCUUUUCUGAAAAGGAUAAGACUUUUACUAAUGUUUAUGUGAAACAUAUUCCCAAGAGCUGGACCGAGGAUCUUUUAUACAAGAUAUUCGGAGUGUAUGGUAAGAUUAGCUCCUUAGUCUUACAAUCUGACUCUAAAGGCAGACCUUUUGGCUUUGUGAACUUUGAAAGCCCAGAUUCUGCAAAGGCUGCAGUUGCUGCUUUACACAAUGCUUUGGUUACUCCGGUAGGAGUUGAAUUGGACUCAGCAGCUGAAACACCAGCCGAGAAUGACACUGGAGCUGAUUCCGAGACAUCAUCCAAACAGGAAUCCGGAGAGGCUUCUAAUAAAAAACAGACGGCAUCUAACGAGGUGUCAAAGGAAUCACCAGGAUCGUCUAACGAGGAGUCUACAUCAAACGAAGAUAGCUCAACUGACAAAAAUGUUUCGGCUGAAGUACAGCCAAAUAGACUAUAUGUUUCCAGGGCACAAAAGAAGAACGAGCGUCAAGUGGUCUUGAAGUCUCAACACGAAGCUGUAAAAGAGAGCCACCAACGUUAUCAGGGAGUAAAUCUUUAUGUAAAGAACUUGGCAGACUCGAUUAAUGAAGAGGAUCUUCGCUCUAUGUUCGAACCAUUCGGAACAGUAUCCUCAGUUAGUAUCAAGACUGACGAGUCGGGAGUUUCUAGAGGAUUUGGGUUUGUUUCAUUCCUCUCCCCAGAUGAGGCUACAAAAGCUAUUACUGAGAUGCACCUUAAACUCAUACGUGGAAAGCCAUUGUAUGUGGGUCUUCAUGAACGCAAAGAACAAAGAGCGUUACGUCUUCAGCAACGUAUUAGAGGAGGUGCAGUUCCUCCAGUUUUAAGACCUGGAGCAAUCCCACCAGGUCCACCAGGAGUGCAUGGAGCUCCCAUGCAGUUUGGUGUACCACCCCAAAUGUACUUCAUUCCCGGUAAUCCAAAUGUUGCAGCAACUGCAAUGCCACACGGCAGAGCAAUGGUUGCAGGUGGCUUCCCAAAUCAGAACCCAAUUAACAGUCCAUGGAGACCAAAUCCAGCAAGAAUGGCAUAUACUGGAGGUAUGCCUCCUCAAAUGGCAGGUGGUCCCCAGAUGGCAGCUUAUAAUGGAAAUGUUAUCCAACAGAACGGAGUUGCUCCAAAUGGAGCUGCUGGUGCUACUGGAUCUGUCCAAAAUGGGGUUGCCGGUAAUGCUGUUCCAGGAGUUCAGAAUGGACAAAAUAAUAGAACUGGAGGAAGCAACCAAAGAAUACACAAUAGACAUGUUCAGGGUAGUGGACAAGGAGGAAGGCCAGGUUCUCAUGGUCAUCAGGUUCAGCAAAUGCAAAAGCAAGGCUUCAAAUUCCCACAAAAUGUUAAGGGAUCUGAAAUGCAGCGUGUAGAUAUGAUGCAGAAUAGACAAAUGGAUCCAUCAAACGGAGCACUAGUCCAAAAUCCAUUAAUCCCUCAACCUGAUGUUCCUUUAACUGCAGCCACUUUAGCCGCUGCCUCCCCUAGUAUGCAGAAACAACUCCUUGGAGAAAGACUCUUCCCAAUUAUUGCCCAGUUCCAACCAGAAUUGGCAGGAAAAAUUACUGGAAUGAUGCUUGAAAUGGAUAACAAUGAGUUAUUGGAACUUUUGAACUCAGACAUCGAAAUUAAAAACAAGGUAGAUGAGGCCAUGGUUGUACUUGAACGUGCUCAGCAACAAAUUAGCACGUAA